AUGCAGCAAGCCCUUGAGCUCCCCGGGCAGCAGCCAGGGAAGUGCAUCCCUGUGGGCAGCGAUCCCGGGAAUGCCGCCGGCUGCUGUGGAGGCGGUGGGAGCAGCAGCGGGAGCGUGGGGAAGGGGCCCGUGAUGUGCACUGCUGGAUGCGGGAACCCCUAUGCGGGGCUGGUGGCCCUGCUGCGGGCAGCCUGGCUCUCGGGGAAGACGCGGCCCAUGGAGUACCGGGUGGCGCAGCUGGAGGCCCUGGGCCGCUUCCUGGAGGACAAGAAGCAGGAGAUCCUGGAGGCCACGGCCCUGGACGUGGGCAAGCCAUCCUUCGAGGCUUAUCUCAUUGAGAUCCUCCUGUGCAAGAACGAGCUCAACAACACCCUGAACAACCUGUGCCACUGGAUGAAGGACGAGCACGUGGGCAAGAACCUGAUGACACAGCUGGACUCUGCCUUCAUCCGCAAGGACCCCUAUGGCGUGGUGCUCAUCAUUGGGCCUUGGAACUACCCCAUCCACCUCAUCCUGGGGCCUCUCAUUGGGGCCAUCGCUGCUGGUAACUGUGUUGUCAUCAAGCCCUCUGAGAAGGCCAAGAACACUGGAAGGCUCCUUGCUGAAUCGCUGGGCUGCUACCUGGACAGUGACUGCUUUGCCGUGGUGACCGCUGGUGCUCAGGAGACCAGCAGGCUGCUGGAGAACAAGUUUGACUACAUCUUCUUCACUGGCAGCCCCUCCGUGGGGAGGGUGGUGAUGGCAGCCGCUGCCCAGCACCUCACCCCGGUGACGCUGGAGCUGGGGGGCAAGAACCCCUGUUACGUGUCGGAGCCGUGCGACGUGCGCAGCGUGGCCCGGCGGGUGGCCUGGGGCCGCUUCUUCAACGCGGGGCAGACCUGCGUGGCCCCCGACUACGUGCUCUGCACCCUGGAGCUGCAGGAGAAGCUGCUGCCCGCCCUGCGCGAGGCCAUCACCGAGUUCUAUGGCUCCAACCCUCGGGAAUCGCCCGACUUCGGGCGCAUCGUGGACCAGAAGGAAUUCCAGCGGCUGCGGGCGCUGCUGCGCAGCGGGAGGGUGGCCAUCGGCGGGCAGGCGGAGGAGGAGGAGCGGUACAUCGCUCCCACGGUGCUGGCGGACGUGCUGCCCUCGGAUCCCAUCAUGCAGGAGGAGAUCUUCGGGCCCAUCCUGCCCAUGGUCGUCGUGGCCAGCAUGGAUGAAGCCAUUGAGUUCAUCAACGAGAGGCCGCGGCCGUUGGCCGUCUACGCCUUCUCCAGUGAUUGCAAGGCUGCAGCGGGCUGGGCAAGUACCACGGCAAGUUCACCUUCGACACCUUCAGCCACCAGCGCGGGUGCCUGCACCGCAACAUGGGCCUGGAGGCCCUCAACGCCCUGCGCUACCCCCCCUACAGCCAGCAGAAGCUGGGCUUCCUCACGGCCGCCUUCGAGGUGAAGCGCAAGGGCACCUGCACCCUGCUCUGAGGCUGCUCCGCACCCUCCUGCGGUCAGGAUGGGGACGCCUCGCG